UGAUAUAUGUUAGCAACAGACAGACACAAGCAAAGCAAAGAACCUUAUCAUCUCCUCUCUCUCUAAAAGUCAUUCAGUCUCCACUGCUACAGAGUGAAUCAUGGCCGACGCUAUCAUCUCCAUUGUUGUGGAUCAGCUGUCCAUCAUCAUCAAGGAACAAGCCCAGGAGCUAAGAGCAGCGUUGGGUGUGGAGAAGGAGAUCAAAAACCUCUCAUCAAAGCUCAACAAAAUCAGGGCGGUGUUGGUCGAUGCAGAGAGGAGAAGCUUCAAGGAAGAGAGCGUCAAGCUGUGGGUGGAAGAGAUGAAAGCCUUCUGCUAUGAUGUGGAAGAUGUUCUUGACGAGUGGAGCACCAGAAGUCGCAGACAACAGAUGGAGAGGUCGUCCCAGGUUGCAGCAGCUCCAACUGCAGGAAGCUGUAGCUCUUUCCUGCCUUCUUGUUUCCAUUUCAAAAGGAUUGUUAUGCAUCGAGACAUCGCCAACAAAAUAAAGGAUCUUGAUUCCAGACUUGAUCGGAUUACGAGAGAGAAAGAUCAGUUCAAAUUUGAUCAAGCAUCUAUAGCGCGCACACACACUUGUGAUCAAGAAUGGAAGCCAGUGCCCACUACUGCAUAUGUGGAUGCAUCAGUGAUUCAAGGUCGGGAAUCCGAUGCCAGUGCUUUAAUAAGCAAGUUGCUUCAAGGUCCCCCUGGCCCUCUCGUCAUUUCCAUAGUGGGCGCGGGAGGGAUAGGGAAAACUACCCUUGCUCAACUAGUCUAUAACGAUCAACAGAUAAAGGCUCAUUUUCCUCAAAGGGUGUGGGUUUGUGUUUCACAACCUUUUGACGAGAUCAAGAUUGCGAAAGCCAUUGUUGAGUCAACCACUAAAAGCUCCACAGAUCUGUCUCAAUUGCAAGUGUUACUGGACAAAAUCCAAACCACUUUGUCUCAUAAAAGGUUCCUACUUGUGUUGGAUGAUGUGUGGACAGAGGAUUAUGCAAAGUGGGAGCCAUUUAACAACUGUCUCAAGGAUCUUGGUAACAACUGUUCUGGGAGUAGAAUCUUGGUGACCACAAGAAAAACGAACGUUGCAAGAAUGAUGGGAAGUGUGUAUGAGCAUCCAGUGGACCUAAUAUCCGACACAGAUGCUUGGUCGUUGCUUAGCAGGAUAGCAUUUUCCGGGGGAAACAGCAGCAACAGCAGGGAGCAGAAACUGAAAGAAAUUGGUAAGCAAAUUGCUCAAAAGUGCAAAGGACUGCCACUUGCUGUUAAGGUCAUGGGAAGCCUGCUACAAUGCAAAGAUACUGAGGAGGAAUGGCAAUAUGUUUUAUCCAACCUGGAUGAUAAAGUUUGGACGACGAUGGUGAAAGUGGAAACAGAUCUCUUUCCUCAUUUGCAUCUAAGCUAUGAUGAUUUAACCCCACAGAUGAAGAGAUGUUUCUCAUAUUGUGCUGUCUUUCCCAAGGAUUAUAGAUUAUAUGUAGAUGAGCUCAUCGGAAUUUGGAUGGCACAAGGUUAUCUCACAACAACAAAUGGCAGCAAUGAUCAUAAUCAGAUGGAACAAAAAGGCCGGGAGGUUUUUGGGAAUUUAACAAUGCGUUCUUUGUUCCAAGAUUUUGAGAAAGAUGACAUGGAUUCGAACAUCAUUAUAUCAUGCAAAAUGCAUGACAUAGUGCAUGAUUUUGCAGAGUUUCUUACCAAAAAUGAAUGCUACAGUGUUGAUCGGCAAGAGGAUAAGGUGAAGAUUGAAAAUUUACGGCACCUAUCAUGGCAGAAAAUUGGAAGGCCUAUGGAUCUUGAUUCCAUUUGUGAUGCCUUUGGAAAACUUCGCAGUUUUUUUGCUGAAGACCUUUCUCCAGAACAACUUACUCCAAAAAUGUUCAAUGGUCUAAAAUGUGUAAGAGUAUUGAGAUUGUGGGGCUGUAAGUUGCAGAAACUCCCAAAAGAGAUUGGAGAUUUGCUUCAACUGAGAUACAUUGAUUUGAGUUGGAGCAACAUAGAGGAGUUACCUGAUUCAAUUUGCUCUUUGGAUAACUUGGAAAUUCUAGAUCUUAAAUCAUGUCAGUGUCUUUCUAGACUUCCUGAAGGGAUUGGAAAUUUGUGUCACCUAAGAAAGAUUGAUUUAAGAUGGAGCAAAAUAGAGGAGUUACCUGAUUCAAUUUGCUCUUUGGAUAACUUGCAAACACUACAUCUUAACAGUUGUCGCGUUCUUUCUAAACUACCUAGAAAGAUUGGAAAUUUGCAUCACCUAAAGUUGAUUGAUUUAAGAUGGAGCACAAUAGAGGAGUUACCUGAUUCAAUUUGCUCUUUGGAUAACUUGAAAAUUCUAGACCUUAGAAAAUGUGAGUGUCUUUCUAGACUUCCUGAAGGGAUUGGAAAUUUGCAUCACCUAAGCAUGAUUGAUUUAAGUUUGACCAAAUUUCAGGAGUUACCUGAUUCAAUUUGCUCUUUGGAUAACUUGAAAAUUCUAAACCUUGAAGGAUGUGAGUGUCUUUCUAGACUUCCUGAAGAGAUUGGAAAUUUGCGUCACCUAAGCGAGAUUAAUUUAGGUGGGACCAAAGUUGAGGAGUUACCUGAUUCAAUUUGCUCUUUGGAUAACUUGGAAAUUCUAGACCUUGGAGGAUGUGAGUGUCUUUCUAGACUUCCUAAAGGGAUUGGAAAUUUGCGUCACCUAAUCAAGAUUGCUUUAAGUCUGAGCAAAGUUGGGGAGUUACCUGAUUCAAUUUGCUCUCUGGAUAACUUGGAAAUUCUAGACCUUGAAGGAUGUGAGUGUAUUUCUAGACUUCCUGAUGAGAUUGGAAAUUUGCGUCACCUAUGGAUGAUUGAUUUAAGUAAAAGCAAAGUUGAGGAGUUACCUGAUUCAAUUUGCUGUUUGGAUAACUUGAAAAUUCUAGAUCUUAAACUAUGUCAGUGUCUUUCUAGACUUCCUGAAGGGAUUGGAAAUUUGCAUAAGUUAAGAUUGAUUGAUUUAAGAGGGUGCAAAGUAGAAGUGUUGCCUGAUUCAAUUUACUCUUUGAAGGACUUGAAAAUUCGACAAGGCAACCUGAUUUGA